UACCUAAGCAAACAAUGCAGUUUUUCUCUCAUGACAAUGGAAACGAAGUCGAUGUUCAAGUCAUUAACGAGACGAUCAAGUAUAUCUGAAAGAGAAAAACGCAGUAAAAAAUCAAAUAAGAAACGUAAAAAGAGCAAACGAGGUAUUCUGAGUGAGUCUGAUAAGCUGGCAAAUGGCCCACAAGAAGUCACACAAGGUGGAUUUGAUACCGACAGAGGAAAGGAAGCCGUCAGUCUCAGUCAUGCAACCAUUGAUCCGCAGCAGCAUCCUAAAGUCAGCCCUCUCUCAUCCCCCAAUGGCGUGUCAGGGAGUUUGUCCCCAACAGAGUCACCUAGUGUCAAUACAGAUCUAUCAGAGUCCACUAUCAGCUUAAUUUCAACAAAUGGUAACAGUCAGACGGACAUUCGGGAACAGACUCCCACAUUAACAAGCUACUCCAGCAAUGCAGUCGUUUUCACAGAAUCUCUCUCUGUGUGUAAUGUGAAAAGCAAAACUCAGGCUGCCCAAACUGGUCGCUCUCGAAGUGUGGCUGCCAAACCUCAACAGCGAUGUCUUGGCUCAAAUGGCAUCCGGAAAACGUCAACAUUUAACAAAUCCAAAUCCUCAAAUGCUUUUCUUCAAAACACCAAAUCUUGUGCAAAACUGAAGACUUUGAAAGACUCAGAGGCUAAAAUGGAUGCUGAGCCAGUGGAUAAAACAAGUGAAAAAUCAGAAGCUUUGCGCUGGGAGUUCAGUGUGGAAGACCUGGAUAAAGAAGAAGAAAGGAUAAACAUGUAUAAAAUAAAUCGCCGUAAGAGAUACCUGGCAGCAGCUCAGGCAAAGGGACUUGCUUGGGCCUCAGAAUACAAUGAAACUGGAAAUCCAGCAAGCUUACAGAAAGACAUAACUUAUGCCAAUGAGACAGGGGAGAUAACUGUCCAACAGUGUGCUUCAGGAUUUAUCUCGGUUCAGUCCCUUGUUCCAGCGACCGUUCACACCGUUGAGAAGAAGAUAUUUGUGGAUUGUUAAUAGUUUGUAGGUCAAAACUCAGCAGAAUUGUUCAUGGCUGUCUGUGUAGUGACAUGAAAUAUUAAUGCUUCAUCACAUUGCAUGAACAUGUAGUUCUGCAAACAUAUUGUUUGAAAUCUGCUGCAGGUGUUGUUCAUAAAUUAUAUCAGUUUUGCGGAUG